AUGAAGUUCAAGGGGGCUCUCGCCCUUGCUCUUGCGGGCACGGCACACGCAAGAUACUGGCUCGAAGAUAUCCCACACCUGGGGACCGCUCCCUAUUACCCGGACAAGCUAUACCAAGUCUUUCGCAAUGUGAAGGACUAUGGCGCCGUUGGUGAUGGAGUUGCCGACGACACGGCUGCGAUAAAUGCUGCCAUCAGCGCAGGCGUUAGAUGUAUCCCCGGAGUUUGCAAGGGGAGCACGAUCUCGCCAGCGCUCGUCUACAUUCCUUCAGGAACCUACCUGAUCAGCAACUCCAUCAUCGAUUUAUACUAUACCCAGAUUAUCGGUGACCCCAACGACCGUCCGAUCAUCAAGGCGUCUCCUGCCUUCUCCAAGGAAAGCUUUGGCUUGAUCGAUGCGAACCCAUAUCUAUUCAACGGCGCUUUAUCCUGGAACUCUACAAAUGUCUUCUUUCGACAGAUCCGCAACUUGAUCUUGGACACCACUGCUCUCCCUCCUGAGUUUCCAGCUGUGGGCAUCCACUGGCCCUCUUCACAAGCAACAUCCAUCAGCAGUUGCGUGUUCAGGCUAUCGACUGCUCCGGGCAACGCUCACACUGGUCUGUUUAUCGAGGAGGGAUCCGGUGGCUUGUUGAACGAUCUAUACUUUUACGGCGGCGGCAAUGCGACUGUUCUGGGCAACCAGCAGUUCACGGCACGCAAUCUUUGGUUCUCUAAUGCCGAUGUUGCUGUUUGGAUGACCUGGAACUGGGGAUGGACCUUCAAGAGCGCCGUAUUCCAGAACUGCCGCGUCGGUAUCAAGAUGGACGAUGUAUCGAAGGGUGUUGGUUCCAUCACUCUCCUUGAUAGUUGGUUCGAGAAUAUCGACACUGCUAUCUCGACGACACGUACCAACCCAGGCGCCGCAGGAAGCGCAGCGUCUCUGGCGAUAGAGAAUGUCAACUUUAAAAAUGUCAACAAAAUCCUUGUUGGCCCUGAAGGCACCGAUCUUAUGGGCUCUAUGAUGAGACCAGCAGCUGAAUCUGUUUUUGUGAUGGGACACUAUGCCGACUCUCGGGGCAUGUUUGAUGCAGCAGGCUACUACGCUCUACCAUCACCUCGGGCUGUUAGCCUUCUCGACCGCAAUAUCUAUCUCGAGAGAUCAAAGCCCCAAUAUGAGCAGGUCCCAAGCAUCUUCUUCGUUUCAGCCAAAGCCAACGGAGCUUACGGAGAUGCCUCUCACGAUGACACUCAAGCCCUCAACGCGCUAUUCAAUUACACAGCAGCCAGCGGACUCAUUGCUUACCUCGAUGCUGGAUACUACAUGGUCACCGACACCAUCUAUAUACCUCCGAAUGCCAAAAUCGUGGGAGAGGCCCUUGCGUCGAUCAUCAUGGGUACUGGACCAAACUUUCAAGACGUGGAAAACCCUCGACCAGUCGUUCAAGUUGGUCGUCCAGGGGACGUUGGUCAAAUCGAAUGGUCCGACACCAUUGUCUCGACCCGCGGCGCAACAGCAGGCGCCAUUCUCAUUCAGUACAAUCUUUACAGUCCCGGUUUGCCAUCCGGCAUGUGGGAUGUACACACUCGUAUUGGAGGGUUUGCGGGAACAUAUCUGCAGGUUUCUGAAUGCCCUGCGCUCAAAGCUACAGAUACGGUUCAGCCAAAGUGUGUGGCUGCUUAUAUGAGUAUACACAUCACAGCGUAUGCUGGAGGCUUGUUUACGGAAAACUGCUGGUACUGGGUUGCUGAUCAUGACCUCGAAGACCAGAAGUACCAACGAGUUACCAUCUACGCAGGACGAGGUGUACUCGUCGAAGCCCGGAGAGGACGCAUCUGGCUCAGCGCAACUGGAUCCGAGCAUCACGUUUUGUACCAGUAUCAACUCGUCAACACAAAGGACGUGUACAUGGGCCAUGUACAGACAGAGGAGGCAUAUUUCCAGCCUCGCCCCGUGGCCCAAUACCCCUUCCCGCUUGUGCCUAUCCUCAGCGAUCCUGACUUUGGGGCGGACUGUCAGAAUGACCCUGUUCCUGCGGGAUGCAAUAUGGGAUGGGGCAUGAGAGUCAUGAAUUCCAGCAAUGUGGUUAUAUAUGGAGCGGGGCUGUACUCAUUCUUCAACAACUACAACGACUCGUGUGCGAGCAACAAGUCUCCGGAAUUUUGCCAGGAGAGGAUCUUGAGUUUCGCGGGUUACAAUGAGGGAACGAGGGUCCUUGGACUGAGCACGGUGGGUACCAGGAUCAUGUUGGAGCGUGAUGGCGUAGAUUGGGUUGAAGCGAUACAGAACAACAGCACAUUUGCCGACACAUUGGCUCUGUAUCAGUCAUGA